UUGAGCUAUAAAGAUGACAAUUGCAAAGAUAGCAAAAAAAAUUUAUAAUUAACACGAAGGUAGUGAAGUGGUUUCAAGGAAAGUGCACGUGCGAAGCCAUACAGUUAGUAGUGAACCAUCUGUGAAAUAGCAUGGUUUGAUAUCUUCCUUGUAAAAUGUAUGUUUAUAAACAAAAUUAUUCUGUUUAUUUCAAUAUAUCAAAAUUAAUUGUGUCGUUUUAUGGAUAAAUACGACUGAGAAGAUUCUUUCAGUCCAACAGCAAUAACGCUUAAACCUUUAACCUAGCGUGCGAUCUGUACAUGUUCUCAAAAUGUUUGAAAAUAUAAACAUUGAAUUAUUACCAAUAAAAGCCCACUAUUUUUUAUUCAAUGCUGCCACAGGACCAAUAGUGCCAUUUCUGCCAACAAUUGCAAAACAAUUGGGAUUUUCUGGAUUUUUAGUAGGCACAAUAUACACAAUAUUACCGAUUUCUGGUUUAAUAGCUAAACCUUUGUUUGGUGGUUUGGCUGAUAAAUAUAAAAUUCAUAAAACCUUGUUUUUAAUAUUUCAAGUAGUCGUUGCUAUAGCUAUGUUUACAAUAAAUUUCAUUCCUGAAAAAGACAAAAGUGCAAGUGUAAUUUUUAAUUGUAAUGCUGUAGCAUCUUUAGAAAUCUGUUCAAAAAAUGGAUUUCCAAAUGAAGUUAUACAAAAUGUAAUAAUAAAUGAUCAUAAGGAUGUAUCAUGUCAGUUGUCUUGUCAAGGCAGAAAAAAUAUUUAUACUGAAAUAUGCAAAAGCUGGAAAGCAAAGCAAUUUUGUAAUAUAACAGAAUCAAAUAUUUUGGAUACGAAUACAAUCGAUUUUAGUAUAGGAUUUGAUGAAUUUCAUGAUAUUCAACUGAAGGAAUGUGUGGACAUCAUUGUAUAUAAUGCUACAUUCUCAGAUGGUGCUGUACAUGAACCAACUUGUGACAAGUACACUAGAAUUUCAUGCAUAAUGACAUGUCAUAAUAAUCCAACUUUUAAUCAGCUUUUGGAAAAGGCUGAUGUUUAUCAUAAUACUACUGAAUCUUCAGGGUAUCAAUUUCACUCAUUUUUAUGUGCAACUGUAGUCAGCUGGAUUGGAAUGGCAGUUGUAGUUACUGUAGCAGAUGCUAUUUGUUUAAAUCUUCUUGGAACUGAAAAAAGAAAAGAGUAUGGAAAACAAAAAAUGUGGAGCAGUGUUGGAUUUGGUAUUAUUGGUAUUAGUGCAGGAUAUUUAGUAGAUACAUUCAGUGAAGGAAAAUCUUACAAAGACUAUACUUGUAUAUUUUAUAUUAUGCUGGUCAUUAUGAUUCUGGAUAUUAUAGUAUCAACAACUAUAAAAAAGAAAAAUCAAGAUUGCUCUGGGGAUGAAGCAUCAAUAUUUGGAGAACUAGUUGGCCUCUGUAAAGAAGGUCAUAUAUUGUCAUUUGGAUGGUGGUGCAUAGGUGUUGGAAUGUGUACAGGAGUCGUAUGGAAUUUUCUGUUCUGGUACACUGAGGAUAUAGUAACAAGUUCUCAAAUAAGAUGGCUAAAAACCUUACAAGGCCUUUUGACUGGUAUCCAGUGUUUUUUAGGAGAGCUACCUUUCAACUUUAUUUCGGGAAGUGUAUUACGAAAAUUGGGCCAUAUAAAUGUUAUGAGUUUAGUUUUAUUAAUCUAUGCAAUUAGAUUUAUGGCAUACAGUACAAUAACAAACCUUUGGUGGUUUUUAAUUAUUGAAAUGCUUCAUGGACCAUCCUAUGGUCUUUGCUGGCCCACUAUGGUAUCAUACGGUGAUAAAGUAACACCACCUGGUACUAAAGCCACUAUACAAGGUUUUAUUGGUGCUAUAUUUGAAGGAAUAGGUGUAUCGAGUGGUAGUUUAAUAUGUGGAUGGUUAUUAGACACGUACGGUGGUAUUAUAGCAUUCAGAACUUUCUCAGUAGGUGCAUUAGUAUGGUUAACUAUUUUUGGCCUACAUCAGUUGUAUCUUCGAAGAUUUAAAUCCUCGUCGAAUUACACGGGACAUAAUCAUUUGGCAAAUUAUGCAAAUCCGGAUGAUGCAAUUCUUAUGACAAUGAGUCGCGAAUUGCAAACUUAUUAGUAAAAGACUAUAAAUUUUUCAAAAUUUUAUACAUAUACUUAGCUGGUUUACUUUGCAAUGGCUCACGUAGCAGACAUAGCAGCAUUUCCUACGAUUAUAGUUCAAUUCUUUAUAUAUUGUGAUUGAUUCUUUUCCCGUAUUUUAAAUAAAGUAUUAAUUAUUCAGUAUUAUGUAUUCUCGUUAUCAUCGUGUUCGUUAUGUAUUCAUCAUUUUUACAAUAAAAUCGUUGUGUUUUGUCUUUUAA